AUGUCCAGCCAAGGAAGUCCUGGUGCAGAAUUUUCUACGACAACAGUCAGUUCAGUAGCUGUGCAGGCUGGGGACUCCAAAAUCAUUAUAGCUGUCAUAAAGUGUGGCAAAUGGGUACAACUUCAACUGGCUGAAUCACAGCCCAAUCUUCUAGAAAUUGGUAGCAGUCAAGAUGAAACCAAAAAACUUCUUCAUGAUCAUGAACUUCUUUUGGCCAAGCUCAAGGCUUUGGAAGAUCGAGUAUGGGAACUCUUGCAGGAAGCAGACAAGAUAGCUGAAGAGAACCAGGAUCAGAGUCAGGUGUACGACGCCAUGGCCAAGACUCUGGGUGAAGCGUGGGCUGCCCUGGUCUCCAUGCUUGAAAGAAGAAGGGAGCUCCUUAGGUUGACCUCUGAAUUUUUUGAAAAUGCCUUAGAGUUUGCUAUUAAAAUAGACCAAGCUGAAGAUUUUCUCCAGAAUACUCAUGAAUUUGAAAGUGCUGAGUCCUUAAAAUCACUUCUUCAGCUUCAUGAACAUCAUACUAAAGAACUCUUAGAACGCUCUCUAGCCCUCUUAAACAAAAGUCAACAGCUCACGGACUUCAUAGAAAAAUUCAAGUGUGAUGGACCGAAUGUCAAUCCCGAGUUGAUUCAGGGAGCUCACAGCAGCUGUCUGAAGAUCGACAGUCUUCUUGAACUUCUGCAGGACAGGAGAAGGCAACUAGACAAGUACCUUAAGCAACAGUGGCAAGAAUUGGGUCAGGUUCUGCAGAUAUGUCAGUGGGACCAACAAGAAAACCAGGUUACUUGUUGGUUCCAGAAAACCAUCAGAGAUUUACAGGAACAAAGUCUAGGUUCAUCUCUUUCAGACAAUGAGGAGCUAAUUCGCAAGCAUGAGGAACUGAUUAUAAAAGCAAAGGAAUGGAACCCUGCCAUUGAGAAGCUGAAGAGUGAGGCACUGGGAAUCUUGCUGUCAAAGGAUCAUGUGGAGAAAGAACAUCUGCAACUCUCUAACCAGAAACUGAAUCGGCUUCAGAAAGAAUUUGGUCAACUCAUGGUGGAAAGGCAUACCUGGUUAAAAAAGGCGAAUGAUUUUUUUAACAGUGCUAACAAGGCAUUUGAUGUACUUGGAAGAGUCGAAGCUUACCUUAAGCUCCUUAAAUCAGAGGGUUUAAGUCUGCCCGUCUUGGCAGUGAGGCACGCGGAAUUACACAGAGAAAUUAAAGACUGCACAGCUGAUGCUUUGCAAAAGGGACAAACCUUAAUCAGCCAACUAGACUCCUGCAGCUCCCGGGUGACCGGCGUCCAUGAGAUGAUGGGAUGCAUAAAGAGACGAGUGGAUGACCUGACCCAACAGUGUUCAGCGCACAAGGAGUUUGCUCUUAAGAAACAACAAAUAACAGCCUCAGUGGAGGGUUACCUAAGGAAGGUGGAAAUGUCAAUUCAGAAAAUUGGUCCAGUACUUUCUAAUGCAAUGGAUGUUGGUUCCAGCCUUUCUGAUUCAGAGAAGAUUUUGAAUGAUUAUCUGGACCUAGAUAUCCAAGUUAAGGAGACAUCACAUGAAUUAGAAGCAGCUGCAAAAAUCAUGACGGAGAAAAAUGAAUUUGAACCUGAUGAAGUGGCAUCACUUUCUUCUAAAAUUAAAUGGCUAGAGGAAGAAUUAAACAUAUUUGGCCAAAGCAUCAGCUCCAGGUUACGAGUCCUGCACACUUGCGUGGCAUUUCUAAAGUCAUCAGAGGAGGUAGAAGUACAGUUUCAGAGCCUAAAGGAGUUUUAUCAAACUGAAAUCCCUCAGAAGGAAGAGGAUGAUACUAAAGCCAAGUAUUGUUCUGACUCAGAAGCUGAGAAGCAAUGGCAGCUAUUCUUAAAGAAGAGUUUUUUAACUCAAGACCUAGGGCUUGAGUUCCUUAACUUAAUAAAUAUGGCAAAAGAGAAUGAGAUAUUAAAUGUGAAAAGUGAAAUGAACAUUAUGGAGAACAUUGUGGAAAACCGGAAGGCAGAAAGGGAAGAACUCAGCCUCCUCCGGAUGGUCUGGCAGCUUAAAGCCACUGACGGCAAGCCUGUGAAGCAGCGGUGGGGCGCAUUCAAAGAGCAACUUAAGAAGACCACUCACAACUUAAAACUUCUUCAGGAGGUCCUUAUGCCUGUGUGUGCACUUGACCUUGGAGGGAGCCUCCAGACCAUUUUGGAUCUACGGAAAAAAUGGAACGAAAUGAAGCCUCAGUUCCAGCAAUUGAAAGACGAGGUUCGGUACAUUAUGAAAGAAUCAGAAGACUUAAGUGUCAAAGGAGCCCCUGUAAAAGAGAAGUCUCAGCAACUGAGGGACCUUAUUCACCUCCAUGAAAAACAGAAAGAGAGAAUCCAAGACUAUGAGGAUAUCCUGUACAAAGUGGUCCAGUUCCACCAAGUCAAGGAAGAGCUGGGACAGCUCAUCAAAUCAAGAGAUCUGGAGUUUCUAGAGCAGAUGAAGGAACUGGCUGAUGUUCAUGAGAUCCAGAUUCACCUCCGUCGCUCUCAGGAAAAACAGGCACACGUGGACCAUCUCUACAAACUGGCCCUUUCCUUAGGAGUGGACAUCAUCUCAUCAGUGCAGCGGCCUAGCUGCUCUAAUGUCUCUGCAAAGAACCUACAGCAGCAGCUGGAGACCCUUGAGGAGGACAGCCUGACCUGGCGUGCCGACGCCGGGGAGUAUGAACGGACCCUGUCCCACAGCUUGGAGUACUGUGCCACAAGAGAUGAGAUAAAUGAGCUCAAAGAGUCAUUCAAAGAUAUCAAAAAGAAAUUCAACAAUUUGAAGUUUAAUUACACUAAGAAAAAUGAAAAAGCUCGGAAUCUGAAGGCUCUUAAAUAUCAAAUUCAACAAGUUGAUAUGUAUGCUGAAAAAAUGCAGGCUUUGAAAAGGAAAAUGGAAAAAGUUGAUAAUAAAACUUCUGAUUCUUUCUUAAAUUAUCCAACUAAUAAAGUAAAUAUCCUUUUGGAAGCCAUAAAGGAUUUGCAAAAACACGUGGAUGACUUUGACAAAGUUGUGACAGAUUACAAGAAAAAUUUGAACUUGACCGAGCAUCUCCAGGAGGUGGUAGAAGAGUGUCACUUUUGGUAUGAAGAUGCAAGCGCCACAGUUGUAAGAGUUGGAAAAUAUUCCACAGAGUGCCAGACAAAGGAAGCUGUGAAAAUUCUCCACCAGCAGUUCAAUAAGUAUAUCGCGCCCGCAGUGCCUCAGCAAGAAGAAAGGAUUCAGGAGGCCACUGACCUUGCUCAGCGCUUAUAUGGUGUGGAAGAAGGGCAGAAAUAUAUUGAGAAAAUAGUGGCAAAACACAAAGAGGUUCUUGAAUCCAUUACUGAAUUAUGUGCGUCUCUCACAGAGCUUGAAGAAAAACUGAAGCAGGGAGACAUUUUAAAGAUGAGUCCACACUGUGAAGACUUCCGUGACAAUUGCAUUGACCUACUAAAGGAACAAACAAGAAAUAAGCAGACAAUAUUCAGUGAAGAAAGGAAUAAGGGGCAGGUGCAGGUGGCAAAUGUUGUGCCCAUCGACGGAACAGGGGAAGAUGGGCUUCCAGGGCACCUGCAGCAGCUGUCCACUGCCAAGGAGGGCAGCGUCCAGGGCCCACUCCCGCCUGAAGACAUACUGUCGGAAUACGAGUGUGUCUCACCUGAUGACAUCUCCUUGCCGCCACUCCCGGGAAGCCCUGAGUCCCCCCUCGCGCCGUCUGACAUGGAGGUGGAGGAGCCUCCCAGCUCCUCCCUCGGCCUUCUCAUAAGCAGCCACGGGGUGCAGGCGGCGGCCAGCAGUCCAGAGGAGGCCCAGGAAUCUGUUCUUCCACCACCUGUUGCUUUUGCUGAUGCAUGCAAUGAUAAAAGAGAAACAUUUUCAAGUCAUUUUGAAAGGCCUUCCCCCCAAUUCAAAGCAGAAUCCCCAUUAACCUCCGGAGGAUUUCUGGAAAAGAGUACUGCCUUGCACAAAAUGAGUGUAGGACAUCCAGAGAGCAUGCCGAGUGAAGCGCAUGAGAGAGCUUUACAGCAGCACCCUCAGGCUCAGGGCCGUUUGCUAGAGACACGGGAGAAAAUGCAUGCUGAUAAUAACUCCACUAAAACCCGGGCCAGGCUGCAUGCUUCCCCCGAUGCAUUCUCGGGACUCAGGUUUCCAUCAGGCAUCAGCCGGGGCUAUCAGAGACAAAUGGUUCCCCAAGAAGAGAUUAAAAGCACAUCAGCAAAGAACAGCGUGGUCAGCAUAGCUGACCAGGCACCUAAUUUCUCCAGGCUCCUGUCUAAUGUAACUGUUAUGGAAGGUUCUCCAGUGACUUUGGAAGUUGAAGUAACAGGAUUUCCAGAGCCUACACUGACAUGGUACAAGAAGGGCCAGAAAUUGUUCGCAGACGGACACUUACAGGUUUUACACAAGGAGACAAGGCAUUCGGUGUUCAUUCCGAAGGUAUGUAAGGCAGACGCAGGCCUCUAUGUGGCUCGGGCCCAAAACUCUAGCGGCACUCUCUCUUCCAGUGUCAUCCUCCACGUGACAGGUAACCGCAGGCCGCCAAUCACAAGAAUAAACUGGAUAACGCUGUGUGUCAUCUAUGUUAGCGUGUCCCUAAUGUACUGGCUACUCACUCAGUAA